AUGGUAACGAUGGCACCAGCCUCGGUUGUCCCCGCCCUCACCUCCAUCUCCAUGGUAACGAUGGCACCAGCCUCGGUUGUCCCCGCCCUCACCUCCAUCUCCAUGGUAACGAUGGCGCCAGUCAACAAAUCUGGGAAAAGAGGGAAGAGCAAAAGAAGUGUUCGCCCCCAUGCCUCUGGCUCGGUCCCGGGCUCGGGGAGAGCGCCCCCUGCUGACGACCUGCGGAGGAACUCAGAAAGCUCCGAGGAGUUUCUGCAGAGGCUCGUGCGCACUCUGAAGGUGGACGAACAGGGCCUGUCCCCGCUCCACGUGGCCUGUAUGCAGGGUCAGCUGGGCAGCCUGCAGCACAUGUUGGAGUCCGGCGAGUGGUGGAUCAACAGCAGCGACGACUCCCAGGGACGCAGGCCUCUUCACAUGUUCCUUAGCAUCCAGAGUUCUCCUCAAGCUUUGACCUGCCUGCGCUACCUCCUGCAGCAAGGGGCUGACGUCAAUCUUCCCACCGCCUCAGGCCAGACCCCGCUGCACGUGGCGGCGGCUGAGGGGCAGAUGGCAUAUGCUCAGAUCCUGGUAGAAGCUGGAGCCGACCUGUUCGCCCGGGACCACUCCGGACUCCUGCCUUUGGACAUGGCCCGGAUGUGGAAUCACAGAAGCAUCGGCAGGUAUCUCAAAGACUGCAUGUGGCGUGAACAAAACAAUAAGGAUUUAGAAGCGAGGAUGCAAACUCAAACGUUAUACUGCGAGCUGAUGGAUUGUGAUAAACGGGAAAAGAUAAACAAAAAGCCGACAAUUGAUAAAAACGUUGCAGAGUGGGCCAAUAAAAAGGGGAUAUCACUGAGGAAGGAGUUUUGCCCUGAAGUCCUUGAUACGAUUCAGAGAGUGUUGUUCCCUCGAGACUUCCCCCCCAGGAUCCCAGCGCUCGGUCCCUUCCAGCCCAAAGGCAUAGAGGGCGUGCAGCACAGGGCCUGUCCCCAGGGUCGAAGCAGCUCAGCCUGGACAGACGUGGCCAUGCACCUGCAGGAGACGCUGGAGCCCGGACACUACUGA